AUGACUGAAAACAUGAAAUUAAUUCAGCAGAGACUGAAAAUUGCUCAAAGCCGCCAAAAGAAUUAUGCGGAUAUUCGAAGAAGAGACCAAGAAUAUAAAGUUGGGGAUCAUGUGUUUGUCAAAGUAACUCCUAUGAAAGGGCAAAUGCGGUUUGGAGUGAAAGGUAAAUUGGCACCGAGAAAUAUUGGGCCAUAUGAAAUCCUUGAAAAGAUCAAUCUGGUGACGUAUCGGGUAGCUUUGCCAUUGGUCAUGGAACAUAUGCAUAAUGUUUUUCGUGUCUCAAUGCUUCAGGAUUAUCUACGAGAUUCAUUACAUGUCAUUGAACUAACAUAUGUGCUCUUAAAGGAUGACUACAAAUACGAAGAGUGGCCAAUUUAG